AUGGAUGAGAAUACCACACUGCAGAAGCGGGCCCCAAAGCCAACUCUUCGGGCCAUGGAAGACUCACUUCAGAGGAAAAUCAAUAACAGAAGAGCUUCCGUGGAACGCCUAAAGGCUGAACUGGAAGAGGCCGCGCUCUCGGCGCAGGCAGCGGUGUUAAAGGAGAGACAGGAGAUUGAGUUCCAGGAGAUGCGUAUACGGGCUGACAAAGAGGACUUGGAGCUAAAGCUUGCCUUGGCCACUACCCAAGCUAAACUGAGGGUUUUGGACAUGCAUAAUGGGUCUGUAGUCGCCGCACCCCAGUCCCCGCAGCCUGUGGUCGCCACACCUCAGUCCCCGCAACCUGACGCCGCUCCCCAGUUCCGGCCUUCUGACGCCGCUCCCCAGUUCCGGCCUUCUGACACCGCACCCCAGUCCCCGCAGCCUGUGGUCACCACACCUCAGUCCCCGCAGCCUGACGCCGCUCCCCAGUUCCGGCCGUCUGACACCGCACCCCAGUCCCCGCAGCCUGUGGUCGCCGCACCUCUGUCCCCGCAGCCUGACGCCGCUCCCCAGUUCCGGCCUUCCGACGCCGCUCCCCAGUUCCGGCCUUCCGACGCCGCUCCCCAGUUCCGGCCUUCCGACGCCGCUCCCCAGUUCCGGCCUUCCGACGCCGCUCCCCAGUUCCGCCCUUCCGACGCCGCUCCCCAGUUCCGGCCUUCCGACGCCGCUCCCCAGUUCCGGCCUUCCGACGCCGCUCCCCAGUUCCGGCCUUCCGACGCCGCUCCCCAGUUCCGGCCUUCCGACGCCGCUCCCCAGUUCCGGCCUUCCGACGCCGCUCCCCAGUUCCGGCCUUCCGACGCCGCUCCCCAUUUGUUCCGGCCUCCCGACGCCGCACCCCAGUUGUUCCGGCCUCCCGACGCCGCACCCCAGUUGUUCCGGCCUCCCGACGCCGCACCCCAGUUGUUCCGGCCUCCCGACGCCGCACCCCAGUUGUUCCGGCCUCCCGACGCCGCACCCCAGUUGUUCCGGCCUCCCGACGCCGCACCCCAGUUGUUCCGGCCUCCCGACGCCGCACCCCAGUUGUUCCGGCCUCCCGACGCCGCACCCCAGUUGUUCCGGCCUCCCGACGCCGCACCCCAGUUGUUCCGGCCUCCCGACGCCGCACCCCAGUUGUUCCGGCCUCCCCGCCGCACCCCAGUUGUUCCGGCCUCCCGACGCCGCACCCCAGUUUGUUCCGGCCUUCCGUCACCCCAAGUACACGCCAGCUCGCAGGACAGCGCUACAGUGACUCCAUAA